ACCAAGGCGUCCACUUACCCAUUGCCUCAACUAAAGCACCACCACUGAGGCAAUCGCCGACAAACGCCCCCAUUCCCGGCCAAAACUUGCUAACUCCGAUGGCUUUUCCUUCCGUCGCUAUUCCCUUUCUUCUGCUCUUAUUCUUUAUCCUGAGAAGAAAAUUUCAGGGUAAGAGAAAGAGCAAGCACCUUCCACCAGGUCCUCCAGGACUUCCAAUCAUCGGCAACUUGCACCAACUUGGUGCGUUACCUCAUCGCUCUCUAUGGGAACUUUCCCAGAAAUAUGGUCCCGUGAUGAGCCUCAGACUCGGCUGUGUACCAACAGUUACAGUCUCCACUGCUGAAACAGCUCGAGAGGUUUUGAAAACCCAUGAUCUUUACACUUGCAGUAGGCCUGUCUCAGCUGGUACUAAAAAACUCUCCUAUAAUUAUAUUGAUGUCGGCUUCUCUCCUUAUGGAGAAUACUGGAGGAAGAUGCGAAAGAUUUGCGUUCUUGAGCUGUUCAGUGCAAGGAGAGUGCAGUCGUUUCAUUUUAUCAGAGAAGAAGAGGUUGCUUCACUCGUUGAUUUCGCCUCAAAAUCUGCUUCCUCUAGCACUCCUGUUGAUCUAAGUGAGAAGUUUAUGUCCUUGACUGCGAACGUGAUUUGCAGAGCAGCUUUUGGGAAGAGUUUUAAGGAGAGAGGAUUCAGACAUGACAGAUUCCAAGAAGUUGUCCAUGAAUGUAUAGACAGGCUUGGGAGUUUCUCUGCAGCUGAUUUCUUUCCUUAUGUUGGUAGGAUUAUUGAUAGACUCUCAGGUCUCCAUGCAAAGAUUGAAAGAAGCUUUGAAGAAUUUGAUGCUUUUUACGAAAAAGCUAUAGAUGAUCAUAUUAAAAAGGGAAAGGAAGAGCCCGGACAUGAAGAUUUCAUUGAUGUUCUAUUGCUGGAGUUGGGGAGAUCUCAAGCGGAAGCUGAUCCUCUUCCAUUCUCCAAGGACCACAUCAAAGCAAUUCUCAUGGACAUAUUCAUAGGUGGAGUUGACACUGGAACCAUAACAUUGAUUUGGACCAUGACAGAGCUGGCUAGACACCCAAGAGUUAUGAGAAAAGUUCAAGAAGAAAUCAGAACUUGCAUUGGAGACAAAGGAAAAGUCUCUGAAAGUGACAUUGAGAAGCUUGAAUACCUAAGAAUGGUACUGAAAGAAACUUACAGACUGCAUCCGACAGGAUUAUUAAUAAGAGAAGCCAUGUCCAAAAUCAACAUCAGUGGUUAUGAGAUUGAUCCCAAAACCCUCAUCCAAAUCAACGUUUGGGCAAUUGGACGAGAUCCUGAAAUUUGGAAAAACCCAGAUGAGUUUUUUCCUGAAAGGUUCAUGCACAAUCAAAUUGACUUCACUGGACAGAACUUUGAGUUAUUACCGUUUGGAGCUGGAAGACGAGGUUGUCCUGGCAUGUCUAUGGGACUUGCAACAGUUGGGCUUGCACUUGCAAAUCUUUUGUAUCAUUUUGAUUGGAAGUUGCCUUAUAAUAUGAAGGAGGAAGAUAUUAGCAUUGAAGAGGCACCUGGGAUUAUAACUUCUAAGAAAGAUCCUUUACUACUUGUACCAGUUAGAUAUCCACAUGCAUAGUAGAAUAAAACAUGUUCGUGUAAGGGAAACUUAUCUAAAACUCGUUUGUCGGAUCCAAAAUACAAAUAAAUGGAUUUUUCCAUAUGAAAAUUAAAUUGGACCUAUUUAUUUAUGUUUUAAAUAUAUAGUGAAUAAGAUUUAGAUAAUAAUUACUCAUGUAAUAUGUAAUUUUGCUUUGUUGACU